AUGACCAAGACUCGGGUUGCCGUGUUUAUCGCGUGCACCGCCUUUGUCAUCCUCGGCGGACUGUACUUGACACAACCCAAUCCUACCAUGUGGUUCAACCAAGUCAUCACCGUCGAGCAGAAUCCGGGGUAUACCGAGACACACGCGACGUGGACGUUUGAUGACCCAGCCGCGCUGCUGCUCGAGCUCGAGACCUGGCGCCCAAAGUGGCCGGUCGGUCCACCGCAUACUAAAUCGCUGAGUGAUCGUGCUGCGAACGGGCGGCCGGCAACGUGGUCGUACCCAGAGUCAGUGUGCACCUCCCACGGGAGUUGUGACACGCUGCUUGAGCAUCUGCCCUGUCCCAAUGGACCGGCUCCAGCCACCGGAUUGCACGAUCCACGGUUUACGCAGUUGGCAUUAUCGACGUGCUCGUAUCGCCGGAUUGCCUCGUGCUUCCCAAAGGACCUGCAGGAGUGCUUUUCGCGGCGCCUCAACCGCAGUCGCUGGCUCAUUGUGCUGGGCGAUUCCGUCACGCGGAAUACGUUUCACGAGUUCUUUACCCAUCAAAUGCCCCAGGAUCAACAGAAAAGGCUGCUGCUCUCGGCGGAAAGAGUUGGCGGUUUCGUGCCAUUCAAGCGAUACUACAACCAAGAUUUCCUGGUCUUUGGAAAGUUUCUCGUUACGAUUCGGUUUAUUGGAACCUCGGGCGGCCAGCAAACCAUCGACAAUAUCGUCGCCGGCAUGUCUCUCUCAGACUCGGAGCGACAGAACCUAUUCUUCGAAUUGGAUGCCGAGUCGCAAGCCCGAAACGAGUCGCUGAUUCCGGAAGCUAAACGCGACAGCCUGUUUCGCAAGCCCGACGUGGUCGUCAUCAACGCUGGCCUGUGGGACACGCGCGUCAUGCCUCCAUCCUACUUCAAUUACAGCAUGACCUGGUGGCAAGAGGUGUUCCAAGAAAUGCUGGGCUUUGAGCCUCAGCAGCUGUACUGGCGGAACAUCAACCCGGUGUCGACCAUGCUCCCUCACGUCGACCGGACCCGCCAAUGCAUGACAAACGAGCGCAUUGCCGAGCUCAACUGGAUUGCGCACAAUUUGCUCAUACGGCAAGGCGGUUGGCAUAGCAUUGACGCCUUCACCGCCAUCGGCGGCUUUGUCCCGCCCGCAGAGGCUCUCAGCCAAGACUACUACCAUCCCUCCACGCUCGAAUUGUGCAAGGUGAAUGACAUGGUAUUCGGCACAAUAUGCGACGUCGAGGCGUCCCCGCAGUAG